CGAUAGUUCAAAUAGAAGUGCAUAUCCAUAAAUAUAAAUCAAGAGUGUGAUCUACGUCGUAAAAAGUUUUCAGUUUUUAGUUCUGCAUUAAUGUUUGAAGAUGUCUCAAACACGUGAAUUCACUGUGAAGCCCCUUCUAAUGGAGGACCGCGAAGAGGUCUUGAAACUAUUGAAAAGAACAUUUUUCGUCGAUGAACCAUUAAACAAAAAGAUCCAGCUGUGUCCUACAGGCGAGUGUGCCGAACUGGAAGAGUUUUGUAUGUCACCGCUGCACGAAGGGCUGUCCUUCAAAGCUGUUGACAACAAGGGAAAAAUCGUCGGAGUGCUUAUAAAUGAGACGUGUCCACUUAACGAUAGAAUUGGCAUCACAUUAUUCGAGCGUGCGGAAGCAAGCAAAGAUCCUAAGUUCAAGAAGAUAUUAUAUAUUCUGGCGAAAAGAGAGGAGGGUUCAAGACUUUGGGAAAAGUUUCCUAAUGAUGAUAAAUUAGUGGAAUUCAAAGUAGCAGCCACAGAUCCAGACUGGAGGAACAAAGGAAUCUUAGUCGCCUUGGUUGAGGAAACAGAGAAGUUACUAAGACAACGCGGCGUGAGACUUGCCCGCUUGGAUUCAUCUAGCGAGUUCUCCGCGAGGGCAGCUGAGAGAAACGACUUCACUUGCUACUACAAGGCGCGGUACACCGAUAUCAAGAUGGCCGGCGAGCCCCUCAUUGUGCCAGACCCGCCACACGUCUACGAUCGCGUCUUUGUUAAGGAGUUAUUCUAGAAGAAAUAGUUAAAUAAAGAAAAAUAAUAAGCCCGAACACUUCUAUGACACUACGGUGGGCCUAGCACGAAACAUGCCAGAAAGUAUAGGUAACGGAUAUCGACAAAAUUUGUAGACUUGAACACCCCUAUCGGAUAGAAAGUACGCUGACAAUCGUUGUUGUACGACUUAUACAAAUAUUUUGGAUGUCGAUAGAAAUAUUUUCCAGCAAAUUUUCGAUAACGUUUUAACGACAAAGUUGUAGAUUGGUUUCCAUUUCUACAAAAAACAUUACGUGUGUUUAGGCAUUAGAAUUAUUACGGUUCUAGUCGUUAAACAAAUUUUCGUAAAUAAUCCUUACAAAAUAUAUUUAAAAAACCUAUGUACUUAUU